AUCUGCCUGGUUCCUACAGCUGGUUCAUGAACCCAGGCAGAUGCCAGCCCCAAACGUCCUCCCUAGCUGAGACCUCCAUGAUGUGGAAGUGGCCAGGGCCCUCAUGUAGGCCAGGUGGGAGCCUGGAGCAGGCUCUGAAGCUGCCAAGCCCAGCUGCCCUGGGCCCCAGAGGCUCCGGCCAGUCUGACAGUGUUCUUCUUGGCACUGCUCAGAGGUCCCAGCAGCUGGGGUUUCCCCUCAGCCCUUGAGCGGCCAUGUCUAACCCCAGUGCCCCUCCUCCGUAUGAGGACCGCAACCCCCUGUACCCGGGCCCUCCGCCUGCGGGCGGCUACGGGCAGCCAUCCGUCCUGCCCGGUGGGUACCCUGCCUACCCUGCCUACCCACAGCCUGGCUAUGGUCACCCUGCUGGCUACCCGCAGCCUAUGCCCCCCAUCCACCCGAUGCCCAUGAACUAUGGCCCAGGCCAAGGCUAUGAUGGGGAGGAGAGAGCAGUGAGUGACAGCUUCGGGCCUGGAGAGUGGGAUGACCGGAAAGUCCGCCACACCUUCAUCCGAAAGGUUUACUCCAUCAUCUCCGUCCAGCUGCUCAUCACGGUGGCCAUCAUUGCCAUCUUCACCUUUGUGGAACCAGUCAGCACCUUCGUGAGGAGAAACGUGGCCGUCUACUAUGUGUCCUAUGCUGUCUUCAUAGUCACCUACCUGACCCUUGCCUGCUGCCAGGGACCCAGACGCCGUUUCCCAUGGAACAUCAUCCUGCUGACCCUCUUUACUUUUGCCAUGGGCUUCAUGACGGGCACCAUCUCCAGCAUGUAUCAAACCAAAGCUGUCAUCAUUGCAAUGAUCAUCACUGCUGUGGUGUCCAUUUCAGUCACCAUCUUCUGCUUUCAGACUAAGGUGGACUUCACCUCGUGUACAGGCCUCUUCUGUGUCCUGGGAAUUGUGCUCAUGGUGACUGGGAUUGUCACUAGUAUUGUGCUGUACUUCAAAUAUGUUUACUGGCUCCACAUGCUCUAUGCUGCUCUGGGGGCCAUCUGUUUCACCCUGUUCCUGGCUUACGACACGCAGCUGGUCCUGGGGAACCGGAAGCACACCAUCAGCCCAGAGGACUACAUCACUGGUGCCCUACAGAUUUACACAGACAUCGUCUACAUCUUCACCUUUGUGCUGCAGCUGGUGGGGGAUCGCAAUUGAGCAGCGCCCCGUUCUACCCCGCCCUGGGUCUCCCUUCCCUGGGGGCUGGGCCCCGUGACGGCGGUCUGGGCCUCAGGCCCCUGGCCUGCCCCUCAAGUAACGCACCAUGUCCUUUCUGUCCGUGGUGGCCUCUGGCUGUGCGUGUGCAGGUACCUGGUGGGGAUGAAGGAACUUGGCGGGGACGAGGCUGAAGGUGUGCCUUCUCCCUUCCAGCCACUACAUGGCGCCAGUCUUCUUAGCAGCGGGGGUGGGGGAGGAGUGAAAAGAGCCGAUUUACAGCCACGAGGGAAUAUGAAAGAUGCCACGAGGGAAUAUGAAAGAUGGACGUGGCUUCAAGGUGAUGAGGUUCCCCUUCCACCUCUGCCAUAGGCUUCUAGACCAGGUGGCUGGAGCUGUUUCUUUCUUAACCCCCAGCCUCCUGGACACACAGGUCAUUAUCCUAUCCUCCUUUGGCUUGGUCCCUUUAGCUCAGGAAGGUAGAAGAGAUCUGUGCCCGUGGGUCUCCUCGCUUCAACCCUUCUUGUUUCAGUGACAUGUAUAUAUUGUGUAUCUGGAUUAGUGCUGGGGAAGAGAAAAGAGUGGGGUGGGCACAGAGGCCGCGUGGAGCAGCAUCUCUCCUGCCUGCUCCUAGCUUGUGGUAGUAGAGAGCAGGCCUCUGUAGCCAUUGGGUCCCCCUUCUUCAAAGCUGCUGGGGCUUCUGGGUGCUUCUGAGACCUCUGGUUGAGGGAACUCUUGCUCCUGUGCUCAGGCCACUCAGAGCAGAAGGUGGGCCAGUGGGAUGGUUUGUGGGAUCCUAAGUGUGGCCAGGAUGGAACCAGGAUGAAGAGACUGGACAAGGCAGGGAAAAUGCCGUGGCGUCCCCCCACCUGGCCUGAGAGCCACUGCAGCCUGCUGUUUUCCUUCUGCUAACCCAAGGAGGGUCCUGAGAAGAAGGUGACUUCCUCUCUGUUUGUUCCUAACUUGCACUGGGGGAGUUUUGACUUGAGCCCCAUCUCUCCAGCCAGCUACUGCUUUGUAGUAUCAAGUGCCUCAAGCUGGAAGGGGGAAGGGGGACGAGAGUCAGUCUGUCGGUGAGGGCGGAAAUCAAAUCAGCCCAAGGAUAUAGUUAGGAUUUCUCUAUUAUGUGCUUGAUCCUAAAUAUAUCACACAAAGGGGCACAACUAGAAAUGUAAUAAAGUUGUGCGUCUAGAAGUUCAAGUCCUA